UGAAAAUUUUCGUCUUUCUAUGAAAUUUUACCUCGAUAUUUUCGCUGUUUUACGAGUGAUUUCUAUCAAAAAUGUCAUCCCAAGUCCAGGCCUUACAAAAGCAAGUUACACAACUCCGACAGGAGGCAAGUGUACAAAGAAUAAUGGUCUCACAAGCCGUAAAUGAUUUGGUUCAGUUCAUGACACAAAAUGCACCUAGUGAUACCCUUGUAAAUGGAAUUGGACAAUCUGAAAAUCCCUUCCGGGAUCAGAAGAGUUGCAGUAUAUUGUAAUGAAGGAAAGAUUCCCGGACCCAAGGAGACCAAAUAUGUUUGUCAUCACACAACCACAAGCCGAAUGAAACUUGAGAGCAGAGCUUUCUUGGGACUAUCAAUCUUCUUCUCGAUGUUCUUACUAACACCAGUAGUCUGUCAGGAAUCACUACCCAAAACUUCUUCUUGGACGUCAAUGGGGAAAUUUGAUUUUGUCGUAUUUGAUGUCGUUUCAAGGAAAUUUCACUUUUUCUUCUUUUAAAACCGAAGAAAUAACCAAAUUUAGUGUUUUAUUUUUGCAGAUUUGCCAAAAUACACUUUAUAUAAAAAAAACGGAAAGAAAGUUUGUAAAGCCGCCAAAUAAUUAAAAAAUCAUGAAAGUUAUGUUUUUUCAUAAUUUUUUGGGAAACUGCAAAAAUUAAAAAGAUGGCUUACAGUUCUCUACAAUUGAACUUAUCAGCUGAAUGUCCACUGCCAGCUUGUCAAGGUCAACUGCAAAAAAAUAUGUUUUUUUGACAAUAACUUUGUAUAAUAAGUGAUUCAGUUUUAUCAGAUGACCAAUUAAAGAAAGAUGAUCACAAACGUUCAUAUCUGCAUUUGAUGGAAAAACUUCAGAAAUGAUGUACGCGGCCAUUUUUCACUCUCAGUCUUUGUUGCCUUUCCAUUGCUGUUACAAGUUUCACUUGGGUUGUUGCAAUCAUAUAGGAUCUUUACAUCCUCCGCAUUGUUCUUCAGCAGGGUUCUUUUUGUAGGGUGGUUGAGGUUGCAAGAAGAACUUUGGUCCAGCACCUUGCCUUCACUGUAGUGCCAUUUUGAAGAAAGAUGGUGGCGGUAUUAAAUUCUUUUUAGGACCUCCCACACUACUAAAUCUCCCUGCCGAGAACACUGCUUUAUCUCAAACUGUCUGUGCCACAUUGACAUCUUUUACUGUUUAAAAUCAACAUGUUUGUGUAUAGUAUUUAUUUUUUUGUAGUUUGGUAAAAAACUAAUUGGUUCAUUGCCAUUUUUGGCAAACAAUCUUCAUCUGGUGCAUGGCGUGGCAGUGUUGCUGCUCUCCAAGUCAUCAAGAUGGUUUACAUUUUCUGUCCCAAUAUUAUAAUAUCUGAUUUUUUGGGGUCAAUUUGACAAAGUGUAUUUUUCUGCUUUCUAUUACAUCAAAAAUUAUUCGCAAAACAAGGCCAUGUUUCAAAGUAUGAAUUAAUUUCUGAAAUGCCAGUUACGAAUUAAGUUAAAAUCAAGUUGGUUGGUGGUUAUUGCCUUUGUGGCUUUGACAAUACUUCACAAUAUUUUGUAUGUGUUCCAAUCGUGUUUAUCCAAAUGAUUUGAAAAAAAUAAAUUUAUAGCCAUGAUUAUUAUAUUCUAGGCCUAUUUAAUUGGUGCAUUUAUAACUUAUCCUAGUUCAUAUCUAGACUAAUUGCAUUUAAUCAUGUACUGUAAUCAAAAGACAAAUUCGUGUACAUGUAUCAAAACAUGCCAGGACAAUUAUCAAAUUCUGACUUGUCCAUUGAUAUUUUUGUCUUUUCCUGAACAUAUACCAUUCUUCUGAUAUGUGUUUUGUUUGCUUAAUAGUAAAGAUACUCAAAUAUCCUGCAUAGCAUCAAAAUUAACAACUUUUUAGUAAAGCGCAUGGAAUACUUAUCAGUUCUGUGUUUGAAUGUUUUAUGUAUCUUGUUAGCAUUUUUGUUGUUUUGUUAAUAAAUGUGUCAAUCAUGUCAA